CUUUGUUGGUUGUUCCGGUUAUCGAGUUAGCCAACAUAAUAACACUAAAAUAACCGCGGCGCUGCCGUCUUGUUACGUUGAUUUGGCUUGGCGCCUUUCCUGUAUCGGUUUCUCUGUAGUGGUGAUAGUGCGUUACACGUAACAAAAUGGCUGGUGGUAAAGCUGGUAAAGAUUCUGGGAAAGCUAAGGCUAAGGCGGUGUCCAGAUCAGCAAGAGCAGGACUUCAGUUUCCAGUUGGAAGAAUUCAUCGGCACCUCAAAAAUAGAACAACGAGCCAUGGGCGUGUUGGAGCUACGGCAGCGGUAUACUCGGCAGCUAUUCUUGAAUAUCUUACUGCCGAGGUCUUGGAAUUGGCUGGGAAUGCAUCAAAGGAUCUUAAGGUGAAGCGUAUUACACCCCGUCACUUGCAACUGGCUAUCAGAGGAGAUGAGGAACUGGAUAGCUUAAUUAAGGCCACCAUUGCUGGAGGAGGUGUCAUCCCACACAUUCACAAAUCACUCAUCGGUAAAAAAGGUGGACCAGGUGCACCAGUUUAAUAGAGCUCACAUAACAUUAAUUCAACCUGCAACAAUAAUCAGCAUAACAAGUUCACAGCAAAUGGAUUGUACAUAUACAUGUACAUCCUCCGUAGCUUAAGUGUUGUGGUCAGUGUGGUGCAGUGGUGGUACUUUAUAGAACUGUUGCUCUGGACAUAACUUGUAGAUUGUAAGACAUAGGGAUACUUUAGAUUAAGGAGAUUUAAUUACAAUAUUUCAUAAGCUUUAAGUUUUGUUUCCAUUGUUUGUUCCAAUAGGCUAUUAAAACUUUCUGCUCGCAAGCAGCAAACUUUUUGCCAAUUAUACUUCAUGGAACACUUUGUUUCAUGAGAAGUAAGUAAACUUAUCUUGUUUUUAAGCUCUAAGCUAAUUUAAUAUUAUUUGCAGCAUUAUUAUCUUAAUGACGAAUUGUAUGAUGCAACUGAUUGAACUAUUUGUUACAAAUAAUAAGAUUUACUGUAUUUUGAUCUUGAAAAUAUAUUAAUAAAUAUUGUCUAUACAA